AUUAGCCUACGUUGCAGGAUGCAAAGAGUGCAGUAGAAGUUAUUGCUUUUUUAUUCAAUUGACCCAAUAUUUGCUUCACAAGAUAGGUUGGGGUUUCUUAGGUGAUAAUUUUAGUCCCAGAAAACAAACUGAAUGCUGAACGCUAUUCGUUGUUGAUAUGUUCUAUAGAGUGACAAUCCUUGGAAGGUUGGAAAUGGCUUUUGUUUCAGAGGAAGAGAAAACUGAGGAUUACCUUUUCAAGAUUGUAUUGAUUGGUGAUUCAGCUGUUGGGAAAUCAAAUUUACUUGCAAGAUUCGCUAGAGAUGAGUUCUAUCCUAAUUCAAAGUCAACCAUAGGAGUAGAGUUUCAAACCCAAAAGAUGGAUAUAAAUGGGAAGGAGAUUAAGGCACAGAUCUGGGAUACGGCUGGUCAGGAGCGCUUCAGGGCUGUUACAUCUGCAUAUUACCGAGGUGCAGUUGGAGCUCUCCUCGUGUAUGACAUCAGCAGACGACAGACUUUUGAUAGCAUUGGCAGAUGGCUAAAUGAACUUCACACUCACUCUGACAUGAAUGUAGUCACCAUUUUAGUAGGCAACAAGUUGGAUCUCAGGGAUGCCAGGGAAGUAUCCACUGCUGAAGGAAAGACCUUGGCAGAGGCACAAGGUUUGUUUUUCAUGGAGACUUCUGCCCUUGAUUCCUCUAAUGUAGCAGCUGCCUUUCAGACAGUUGUUAAAGAGAUCUACAACAUAUUGAGCCGGAAAGUUAUGAUAUCUCAUGAGCUCAAGAAGCAGGACCCUUCAUUGAAUGGGGAGACUCUGGUUUUACAGGGGGAUGAGGACCAGCAAUCUGGUACAGAGGCUAAAAAGGGUGGGUGCUGUUCAUCCUAACGCUUCAGAAAAUACAAUCCUCUACUCUACAUUUUCUUGUUCUCCAGCCAGAAGUUUCCACUUAAGUUCCUGAUAUAUCUUCUUCUCCAUGUUUUCAUUUCUUGAUGCCGUUAAAAUGUUUAUUUGAAUAACAUUUGUUUUACCUGUUCAUGGUUAUCUUAUGGUGGCUUAAGAAGAGACUUUAUGGAGUAGCAAAUGUAAAUGAAGUCAAGGGGGGUUGUAAGGGAAAAGGAAAAUCAAAUGAUACACAUUUUCGAACGUUAGCAUGUUUCCUAUGUUUUGUAUAGUUGUGGGUUUACUCAAAUUUUGACAAGUUGAAGGCUUUUGAUUUCUUGCUUUUCCGCCUCCCGUUCUGUCUUCCUUCUACUCCAGUUUCCUGGAAUUGAAUAGUAAUGUUUUCUGCUGUGAUGUAAUAAGACUGGUUUACAUAUCCAAUGAUAUACGAUGUCCCAUGUUCCAUGUCCCAUUAUAUUCAACUUCUUCGCAGAAUAUCUUUCUUGGUAAGGAUUCUCUAAUUUGAAACCAUGCAAGUUCUAAAAAGCUUCAAAAAAAAAAAAAAUAGUACGAUAAGUACCAAAAGGGAGG